AUGGGUAUUAUGUAUACUGACAAAGGUGAUACAAAAUGUCAUUUCAUAAACGAUAACCAGCCAUCAGAAGGUAAUGAUAAACUAAAUUCUGGUGGCUAUACGACAUGUCAGUCUUCUGAUGCUUCGUCACUAGAAAUAGCAUCGACUACAACACUAAUGGCAACAGCCUCCUCCUCAUCAACAUCAUCGGCAACAGUGAUGUCUCCGUCGUGCUCAUCAACAACAUCAAAGUGUUCUAAAAUGCAGUUUACAUCAAACGAUUCAAUGUAUAAUCCUGAGGCAACAUCACAAUCAUCACAAACAUGUCACGCUGCUCAUAUCGGUCCGAAUGAUCAUGUACCUGUGUCGUCUGAUGGACAAGUUCGACUUACGUGUAAUCGGUCAGAUUGCUUUUUCUAUCAUCCACCAAAAAUGAUUAGAGACCAGAUAGUGGCUAAACGACAUGCUCAGUAUCUUCGUGAGAAAGUGAUUCGUGAUGUUUCUAAAUCUCGUAAAUCUGUGGGUCUUUUAUCUUCUGAAGACACCGUUAAAUCUAAUAUUCUACAUACUAGUAAUAAGUCAGGUGGUGAGUUGUCGACACCAACAAUAACAGCACACUUCAAUAAUUUCUUCAAUCAGUCAACAAUGCUUCACCCUUCACCAGGAACUGUUGAAAUACUGCCAACACCUACAAUGAACAACGACAUCUCGAAAACAGUUAUCCUAAAUGAUAAAAGUGACCCUUUAUGCUUCACAAAUUUUUCACAGCAACAGCAACACUACAACAAUGCUCAGCAUCAGCAAUUGCCACAAUUAUCUCAACAGGCAUAUCUUAAAUAUCUUUUGCAGUAUAACACAACAAAUCCACAGACACCAUGUUUAAUGUUGAAUAAUGAUCCUUCUUCAUUCAUAUCUAAUAUAAUACUGAAUAAUCCGUCAUUUAUUCAACAGCCAGGUUUAAACACAAAUCCAUUAUUGAACAAUUCAUGUCCAUUAGUGUCAAAUCAACCGAUAAAAUCUCAAUGUCCUGAUAUGAAUUUUUUGUGCCCAACAAAUCAAACUGAUACUGAAAAGUUAUAUAAUAUGCUGUCCUUAAAUCUCUCGCCAUUAACACAAACAGUGUAUUCACCAAGUCUGAACAUAUCAUGGAAUAAAUUACUAGACAAUCUAUUAGUAAACAAUCCCUUACUACUUACAAAUAUUUCACAAAAUGGAAUUCCAAUGAAUUCACAAGUCAACUGUUUAUCACCACAACUCAUUGAUCCUCUAUUGCCGUUUGCUGCUUAUCUACCAAAUAUACCCUAUCCGUUGAUUACAGGUUCAAUGAACAAUCAACUAUUACCACUUAUACCUCAGAACAGGGGUACAGAUGUUCUACAUACCUUAUCCAUUUCAAAUAACUUAAAUAAUUCUGCAAAUUUUCCUUCUGUUGGUUUCAUCUGCUCCCUCCUUCAUCUACUGUAA